AUGGAAAUUCUUUUUCAUCUUCACCUGUGGGUAUUGUUGUUAUGUCAACUUGUUCUAUAUGUUUCUUCCACUAAUGUUGGAUCUGACAACUGCAAUUGUGAGGAUGGGGAAGGGAUUUGGAGCAUAUAUAGUGUAUUGGUUGGCCAAAAAGUUAGUGAUUUUUUCAUUGCUAUUGCAUAUUUCUCCAUACCCAUUGAACUUAUUUACUUUGUUAGUCAAACAAAUGUUCCAUUCAAAUUGCUCUUCUUUCACUUCAUCGCCUUCAUAGUUUUAUGUGGCUUAACUCAUUUACUUAAUGUGUUUUCUUAUCAUGGCGCUCCCUCCUUUCAAUUGUUAUUUUACAUAAGCAUUGCGAAAUUUUUUACUGCUCUAGUUUCCUGUGCGACUACUUUGACCCUUCCCCCUAUUAUUCCUCUUCUCCUCAAAACCAAAAUUAGGGAGUUUUUCCUAAGAAAAAAUGUGAUGGAGUUGGACCAAGAGGUUGGGUUGAUGAAGAAACAAAAGGAGGCAAGUUUGCAUGUUAGGAUGCUCACUAGGGAAAUUAGGAAAUCUAUUGAUAAGCACACCAUCUUGUACACCACCCUUGUUGAGCUUUCAAAGACAUUGAAUUUGCACAAUUGUGUAGUUUGGAUGCCUAAUGAUGACCAACAAGAGAUGCACUUAACUCAUGAGUUGAAAAAAAACUCAAGGAAGAAUUUUCAAAAUUUCAUUCCUAUGAAUGACCUUGAUGUAUUAGAGAUAAGAAAGACUAAAGGAGUGAAAAUUUUGAGAUCUGAUUCUACUUUAGGAGUAGUAAGUGGUGGUGGCUCUAAGGAGUUGGGUGUUGUGGCAGCUAUUCGCAUACCAUUACUUCAUGUAUCAAAUUUUAAAGGAGGGACUCCAGAGUUGGUUAACACAUGUUAUGGUAUAUUGGUUCUAGUUCUACCAAGUUCAAAUAUUAGGGUUUGGACCUACCAUGAGAUGAAGAUAGUUGAAGUGGUUGCAGAUCAAGUGGCUGUCGCCUUAUCUCAUGCAUCGAUUUUAGAAGAGUCUCAAAUGAUGAGACAAAAGUUAGAAGAGCAGAACCAAGCAUUGAAGCAAGCUAAAAAGAAUGCAAUAAUGACCAUUCAGGCAAGGAAGUCAUUUCAAAAGGUGAUGAAUGAUGGAAUACGAAGGCCUACACAUUCUAUUAUAGGGAUGCUUUCUCUGUUUCAAGAGGAUAAUUUAAGAUCCGAGCAAAAAGGUAUUGGUAAUACAAUGUUGAAAGUUGGUCAUGUGCUUUCAAAUUUGAUUAAUGAUGUGAUGAAAAUUUCAAAUAAUGAAAAUGAAGGCUUUCAAUUAGAGAUGAAACCUUUCCUUCUACAUUCCAUGCUAAGGGAAGUUUCUUGCAUUGCUAAGUGUUUAUGUGUUUAUGAAGGCUUUGGUUUUGAAGUUGAUGUGCAAAAAUCUUUGCCUAACAAAGUUAUAGGUGAUGAGGUAAGGACUUUUCAAGUGAUUAUGUACGUGAUUGGCUAUUUAUUAAAUAUGAAAGAUAAAGGAACUCUCAAAUUUCAAGUUUUUCUUGACAAAAAUGAUGAAGAUAAGGAUGAUGAAAGUUCUCAAAGAUGGAGAUCAUGUGGUCAAAAUGGGUACAUAUCAAUAAAAUUAGAUUUUAAUAUUAUUGAUAGAUCUCAUUCAGAUAAAGCAAAUUCAACAAUGCAUUAUAUUGGUAAGAGACAAUACAGCAAAAAUGAACGUAAGGAUGGUCUCAACUUCAACAUGUGUAAAAAGUUGGUACAGAUGAUGCAGGGUAACAUUUGGAUAUCAUCAAACACCUUAGGUUUGGUGCAAGGCAUGACACUUCUUUUAAAGAUUCACUUACAAUCAUCACUUGAAAAAUCCAUGGUUGCAUCUAAAGAUUAUUCAAACCCACUAUUCAAAGAACUUAAGGUUGUGUUAGUCGAGAAUGAUGUUGUAAACAGGAUUGUGACAAAGAAGCUAUUGGAGAAGCUUGGUUGUCAAGUAACAUCUCGCUUCAUCGGGGUUUGA